AUGAACAACUUUAUCCUCUUGGAAGAACAGCUAAUCAAGAAAUCUCAACAGAAGAGAAGGACUUCUCCCUCGAACUUUAAAGUCCGCUUCUUUGUUUUAACCAAAGCCAACCUGGCAUACUUUGAGGAUCGCCAUGGGAAAAAGCGCACAUUGAAAGGCUCCAUUGAACUUUCCCGAAUCAAAUGUGUCGAGAUUGUGAAAAGUGACAUUAGCAUCCCAUGCCAUUAUAAGUACCCGUUUCAGGUCGUGCAUGACAACUACCUCCUGUAUGUGUUUGCUCCAGACCGUGAGAGCCGGCAGCGCUGGGUGCUGGCCCUUAAAGAAGAAACAAGGAACAAUAACACCUUGGUGUCCAAAUAUCAUCCUAAUUUCUGGAUGGAUGGGAGGUGGAGGUGUUGUUCUCAGCUGGAAAAGCUUGCAGUGGGCUGUGCCCAGUAUGAUCCGACCAAGAACGCUUCAAAGAAGCCUCUUCCUCCUACUCCUGAAGACAACAGGCGCUCGCUUCAGGAACCUGAAGAAACCCUGGUCAUUGCCUUGUAUGACUACCAGACAAGCGAUCCCCAGGAGCUCGCCCUACAACGAAAUGAGGAGUACUACCUACUGGACAGUUCUGAGAUUCACUGGUGGAGAGUUCAGGACAGAAAUGGGCAUGAAGGAUAUGUACCAAGCAGUUAUCUGGUGAAAAAAUCUCCAAAUAACCUGGAAACCUAUGAGUGGUACAAUAAGAGUAUCAGCCGAGACAAAGCUGAAAAACUUCUUUUGGACACAGGGAAAGAAGGAGCCUUCAUGGUACGAGAUUCCAGGACUCCAGGAACAUACACCCUGUCUGUUUUCACCAAGGCUAUUGUAAGUGAGAACAAUCCCUGUAUAAAGCAUUAUCACAUCAAAGAAACAAAUGACAACCCCAAGCGAUACUAUGUAGCUGAAAAGUAUGUGUUUGAUUCCAUCCCUCUCCUCAUCAAUUAUCACCAACACAAUGGCGGAGGCCUGGUCACUCGACUGCGGUAUCCAGUUUGUUCCAGUAGCCAGAAAGCCCCGGUCACGGCAGGGCUGAGAUAUGGGAAAUGGGUGAUCCAUCCUUCAGAGCUCACUUUUGUACAGGAGAUCGGCAGUGGGCAGUUUGGGUUGGUGCAUCUUGGCUACUGGCUCAACAAGGAUAAGGUGGCCAUCAAAACCAUCCAGGAAGGGGCGAUGUCAGAAGAGGACUUCAUAGAGGAGGCUGAAAUCAUGAUGAAACUCUCUCAUCCCAAACUGGUUCAGCUCUAUGGAGUGUGCCUGGAGCAGGCCCCCAUCUGCCUGGUGUUUGAGUUCAUGGAGCAUGGUUGCCUGUCGGAUUACCUGCGCAGCCAGCGGGGGCUCUUUGCUGCAGAGACGCUGCUGGGCAUGUGCCUGGACGUGUGCGAGGGCAUGACCUACCUGGAAGAGGCGUGUGUUAUCCACAGAGACCUGGCUGCCCGAAAUUGUUUGGUAGGAGAAAACCAAGUCAUCAAGGUGUCCGACUUUGGGAUGACAAGGUUUGUCCUUGACGAUCAAUAUACCAGUUCCACAGGCACCAAAUUCCCGGUGAAGUGGGCAUCCCCGGAAGUUUUCUCUUUCAGUCGCUAUAGCAGCAAGUCGGAUGUGUGGUCAUUUGGUGUGCUAAUGUGGGAAGUCUUCAGUGAAGGUAAAAUCCCAUAUGAAAACCGAAGCAACUCCGAGGUGGUGGAAGACAUCAGUACUGGAUUUCGGUUAUAUAAGCCCCGACUGGCCUCCUCGCUUAUCUACCAGAUCAUGAAUCAUUGCUGGAAAGAGAGACCAGAAGACCGGCCACCCUUCUCCAGACUGUUGGGUCAACUGGCUGAAAUUGCAGAAUCAGGACUUUAG